AUGGAGACGUACCACGGUUACGUGCGGACGCCGGGCGACGCCAUCAAGCUCUUUGAGGCGUGCCGCCUCGGUUUGCUGCCCCGAGUGCAGAGACGUCUAUCGGAGAAGGAAAGACAGUCAAUCCGCUCGGGCUCCGUCUUUGUGUGGGAUGAGCGGGAGGCUGGGAUGCGGAGGUGGACCGACGGAAAGUCGUGGAGCGCCAGCCGCGUGUCGGGCAGCUUCCUGACAUACAGGGAAAUGGAGGGCAAGCGUGGCGGCGGCUUUGGCAGCGGCAGGCGAGGCGCGGGCAAGACCCCAGACUCUGGCCGCGGUAGCGACGAGGACCAUGACGAUGGCGAGCCCGAGGGGUACCGCUACAAGGCGGACGGCCUCAUGAAGCAGUCUUUCAGCAUCACCACAUCGACGGCCCAGCACCUCCACCUCAUCUCUUACUACUCCCGACCGCAGCCCGGCCAGCCCGACCUUCCUCAACCCAGCUCCGACCCUUCUCUUCGCGGCAUCGUUCCCCCCAAGGGCAUGUACCCAGAGUCCAGCAUGGGAGAGACGAACCAGACGCCGGCCCUCACGAGGGCGCCGAUGCAGCAGCCGUACAUGAUUGCGCCACACCACGUCCCGCACCCGCAUCACCAACAACCAUAUGCACCGCAUUACGCACAGCCGGGCUAUGGAUGGCCGCCGUCGCCCGCCGCGACCCCCCCUUAUGGACAUUACGCACCUGCUCCUUAUCCACCACACGUCCACCAUCUCCCGCCACCUCACCCGUCGCAGGUGCCGCCGCCGCCGCCAUCCGCAUAUUCCAACGGCCAUUACACGCAUGCUGCUCCGUAUGAGCGUGCGCUGCCCCCGUUGCAGGGCUCGAAGCCUGGCCCUCCGCCGUAUCAGGGCCACCAUCCGUCACAUGGGCCGUCACCUCCCAGGCUGUAUGACUCACCGCGGCAGAAGGACUUGCAGGCCGCAGCACAGGCAGCUGUCAACGACCAACACGUGAACAACGCUCCUCCGAGAGGAUACGGGCCGCUGCCCGCGCUCAACGCGGUCACGAACGGGGCGCCCGCCGCCUCGCACGCAGGCAUGGCUACGCCUCCGACACGAAACUUGAGCGUGAGCCCGCCUCGGACCGCUCAGGAUGCAGCAACCAACGGCCACCGGUCCAGCCUGUCGGCGCUGCUGCACCCUACCCCGCCAAGCAGCGAGGCCGGCACUGCCAAGCCGCCCAGCAAUGGCAGCGCUAGCAGCAGCCCUCGAAUGAAGAGCAUCAAGGUGGAAAACGGCGGCGUCAGUGAGGACGCGCGGGCAUUGAGGAUGCUGGACCGCAAAUUCUGCAUCUGA